AUGCUGCUCUCCCAGCUCAUCAUCCGCCUCGGUAUAGCCGCUGCUGUAGCCCCAGCAUUGGGCUUCCAGUCCCUAGACAGCAAGCGCGCGAAAAACGUCCUCGAACCGAAGCGCGAGGGCUACUGCUCGCCCUCUGGACCGAUCGAGUCGACGCAUUGCCUAUAUGAGACAGUAGAAACGCUCAAUGCGGACCUCUACCCCGCUCUGAAUCGUCUCGUCCACUACCCCUUCUUUCGACAUUACAAGGUGGACCUGUUCAGGGAAUGUCCAUUCUGGCGGGAAAAUGGAUUCUGUAUGAAUCGGGAUUGCGGAGUCAUGGCUGCGGAUGAGGCGGAUAUACCAGAGAAAUGGAGAGCCAAGGCACUGGGAGAGAUUCGAUCAGGGCAGGACGAGUCGAGCUGUUAUUUCCGGGAUCAGGACUUUUGCUAUAUCGAGGAUGAUACCACGCAAGAUGGGGAAUAUAUUGAUCUUUCGCUGAACCCGGAACGCUUCACGGGGUACGCUGGAGAUUCCGCACACCAGGUCUGGCGGGCGAUCUAUGAGGAGAACUGUUUUGGGCUGUCCGAGGCGGGCGCGGCUGCUGCUCCUAUCGGGUUCAGCAAGCUCAGCGAGGGGUGGGGAACAGAGAUGGUCAAGCAGGACGAAGAGUGCGAGGAGAAGAGGGUGUACUAUCGGAUCAUAUCUGGCCUCCAUGCGUCCAUCUCACUGCAUAUAUGUCAGGAAUAUCUCGAUCAGGCGACGGGCGAGUGGUCGCCCAACCUGCAGUGCUUUGUGUCCCGACUCGGCGCGCAUCCCGAGCGAUUGUCUAAUGUCUACUUCAACGCGCUGCUUCUUAUGCGAGCCGUGGCGAGAGCGGCUCCGUAUCUCGAGCAAUACGACAUUUCGGUAGCCCCUCCUUCAAGGAUACAGGAGUCGGACCGCACAAAGGAACUACGCAAGGGCGAUGAGGAGGCGAAGCGGUCCCUGGCGGACGUGAUCAGGCUGGCAGGUGGGAAGGGCGUCGAGCGUGGCUUUGACGAAGCGGACUUUUUCAACGGUGCAGAUGCUAUGAUCCUCAAGGACCAGUUCAAGAACCACUUCCGGAAUGUGUCCCGCAUCAUGGACUGUGUCGGCUGCGACAAGUGCAGGCUAUGGGGGAAGCUGCAGGUGUCCGGGCUGGGGACGGCACUCAAGAUUCUUUUUGAGCUGGACGAGAAGGCCCUAAACCCCAAAAUCAACCCCGACCUGCUCCAGCGGUCCGAGGUCGUCGCGCUCUUCAACACCCUACACCGAACGAGCGAAUCCCUCGCGGCGGUGGAGCAAUUCAGGCAGAUGUACAAGGAUACCCAGGACGCCGAGGCAGCAGCGGCAAAGGUGCGAGCAGAGCAAAAGCCCAAGCCAAAGAAGAAGCGCAAGGUGAGUACGCCGCCAAUUUCAGCGACCGGAAUCUUGAUCUCCGCUUUUGAAGCAUUGCGGCGGAACUGUAAAGGCUGCUUGGAGCUAUGCUGGCGGUCCAUCUCACAGGGGCGGCUGCGCGUCUUGAAGGUUGUGCGGAGAAUAGAGCUUUAG